AUGACCGCCACACCGCGCGGUCUGUGCGAGCGCUACACGGAGCGGCUAUACGCGGAGAUGAGGGACGAUGCACAGCGCACCUCCGCGUACGAGGACGCGCUCCGCCAUCUCGCUGCCGGCCGAGUCGUGCUCGACCUCGGCACAGGCGGCCUCGCGCUUCUCGCGGUGAUGGCCGCCCGAGCGGGAGCCUCGCGCGUUUACGCGCUCGAGUCGAAUGCAGAGGCGUGCGAGGCGGCGAGGCGGACGGUGGCGGAGCUGGGCCUGCAGCAGGUCAUCGAGGUGCUCGAGGGCUACUCGACGGAGCAGCCCGCCCUGCCUGAGCCGCCGAGCCUGCUCGUCCACGAGAUCCUCGGCGAGGUCGCUGGCUGCGAGGGCGCCGCACGAUGUGUGGCGGACGCGCACGCGCGGCUGCUGGCGCCCGGCGCUGUGGCCGUCCCGGCCUCGGCCAGAUCGCUGUGUGCGCCCUGCAGCUGGCCCUCUGGCGAGUACUGGGCCUCGCUGCCGAACCCGGUCCUCUCCCCUCCCCCCGGGGCCGCGCUCAAGCUGCCUCGCUUCCCGCGCGAGGCGACCCUGGCGCCAGCGCAGCCGUUCGAGCAGCUCGACUUCGGGUCCGCCACCGCUGGCCGGCUCGCGGAGCCGCAGCACUCCCGGAUCUCCUUCGGGCUGGCCAGGGCCGACUCGUUGCGAGGACUGGCGCUACACAUCGAGGUCGCAUUCCCUCCACUAGCAGAGGGCGCCGCCCCGCGCGUGAGCUCGGCAGACGAGGGCUCGCACUGGCCCACCGUGCUGCUGCCGCUGCCCCAGCCCGCCGAGGUCGCCGUCGGCGACACGCUCGUGGUGGAGGCAGAGGCUCGGUCCGCCGACGAACAGCCGCGAUACUCCUUUCAUGUGUGGCUCCAGCGCGCCGGCGCGCCGUCCCAACCCGAGGCGCUGGGCUGUCUCUGCUAUCCAUGA